GUCGAGCUCCCUGAUUGGCGUGGCCAGCCAGCCAGCGUUGGCGGCCUGCGUGAAGGAACACAAGCCGCCAGACCCCCGCCUCACUAACAUCGACAGAUAGCAAUGCAAGCCGCCUGAGACCCCUGGUCGACGACGUCUGCCGCAACCUCCUGUCGCCAAACACAUUCCUCGUCGUCCGCCAUAUAUCUUGCCCCGGAUCUCUGCCCCCAUCGCUCAUCAUGGCUUUCCCCUCUCAUCCGUCCCGGCGAUCUCGCUAUCAGAUCCCCAAAUCUCGUCCCGCCAAAACGCCUCGCGACCAGAAACGAGACCUGGUCGCGGCCCGCAGACGACUCACAUCAACAUCACGCUGCCUGCUCAGCCACCGACCCAGGGGCUCCCGCCGGCAUCGACGCGGGCUUAUAUGCGGGCGCACCUGCUCUCCAACAUGAACUCGCCUUUUCCCGACAACUACGCCCAGCACUACUUUGACAACACACAGAGCGCAAACAUGGAAGGACAUUCAUCAGGAACGACAGCAGGCCUCGGCGGCUUCGAGCCGAGACAGCUGCCUCUGCUCCAGCUCCAGACGCAGUGGCCGUCUUACCCACUUGUUGACCAUUCCGUAGCUUCUGGCUCAGCGAGCGUCGACGCCAGCGGCUCCGAGAUUGGCUUCGCGGACCUAGCGUCGUGGUCCAACACGCCUCUCCCACAGUCCGACUCGCCCCUCCCCCACAACACCACCAUCCCCGGCGGCUACACCCACGUCGCCGGCGCCGGCGGCGCCUUCGCCACGGGCCAGUACCCGGCGGCCCUCGACCUGAGCGUACCGCCGCAGCAACUAGCCCCCGAGGACCUGGACGGCCGGCACAGGGCCGCCGGCACCCCCUACGAAACCACGCCCGUGGGGCCCACGCUCCGCGCAGAGAGCCACUUCGGCUUCCCCAUGGCCGGCGGGCAGGACAGGAUAGCCCUCGGCCACGGGCAGGGCGGCCACUCCAGGAACGGCUCUUCCGUCUCGCUGCCUAUCAACCUGGUCUCGGCCUCGCCCGGCCGCGACUUUGACGAGGACGAGGACGGCAGCCCGGCGCGGCGCAAGCGGCCGCGGCGGAGCGACCCGUCCGCCGGCGGCGGCGCCGGCAGCCAGCUGGAGCAGGGCGCCCGGCGCUUCGCGUGCCCCUACCAGGUGGCCGACCCGUCGCUCGACUGCUUCCACACGGGCCGCCGCAACCGCCUGGGCGGCUGCCAGAGCAUCUACCGCCUGCGCCAGCACUUCAAGCGCCGCCACCGCCGCUCGCACCGCUGCGAGACGUGCUGGAAGUCCUUUGAGCGCGCCGAGCUGGCCGACAAGCACCGCGAGAAGGGCGGCUGCAAGCCCGCAAACGGCCAGAGCGAGAUGUUCAUGACGCCCGAGCAGGAGAAGGAGGUGGAGAAGUCGGUCGGGUCCAGGAGCGAGGAGGAGUGCUGGUGGGACAUCUUUCGCGUGCUCAUCGGCGGCGAGACGGACCUGGUCGCGCUGCAGGCGCGCUACUCUGCCUACUACCUCCCCAACAGCAGGGAGAUGGGCAUCAUGGCCCAACCACACAGCAUGCUCCCAGCCCAGCAGUUCGGCCACCCAUCGAGCCACCACUACGACAUGACGAGCCUGAUGGACCAGGAGUACAUGCUCACCGACGCCUCGUUCGAGCUCCAGUCGGCCUCCCAGGACACCAUCACUCUACGCCACGGCGGCAUCGAGGGCCAGAGCUACGACCACCGCCACCCCGACGCCAGCGCCGCCCAGACCCACCUCGGCCGCAUCCGCGAGCUCGUCUCCAUGGGCCUCGACGACCAGGCCAGCGCGCGCGACUCGCUGGCGCAGAUCAGGGCCAUCCUGCCCGCCCUGGAGCAGAGCAUCCGGUAACGCUUGCGGGGGGACUGCUUGUGGCUUUGACUAAUGUACUUUGCGCGGAAAAGCGGUACGGGUUUGGGUUUCUAUACGGCCGUCACUCCUUUGAACGUUUGUAUCAUAGUAUCUUUCCAUAUUCCCUUGGCCAUGUGUUUAUGGGCGGUUUUCCUGGACGACUUCUUUUUUUUUUGAUAUCCUAUUUUCUUUUCGGCUUACUUUUCCUUUUGGUAUAACCCGCACAUUCCCUUCACGAUAUACGUGUUUUCAUUUUGUAUAUUUCUCUAGGACUACCUCGAAAUACUUGUCCAUUUUCCUUUUUUCCUAUUUGAGAUACCCACAGCUUAUUUCCAUCGGUCUCGAACCUGUAGCCAUUUUGCC